GCGGGGCGGGGAGGGAGGAGGCGCCGCGGGCAGCUGGGAACCGGGGCCGGGAGAGCCUGCGGCCGCCGCUCCGCCCGCCCCCCCGGCAGCCGAGCUGUGCUCCCGUCGGCACCGGCUCCCCUCGGUCCCUGCGCCCUCCUCGCGGGUGCUGGUGGCUGCCCUUUGCCUGGCGAGCGCUCCCCGCUGUUAGGGAGGGGAUUCUGCUCCUCUGUUCCUCUCUUGUGAGACCUCAUCGGGAGUACUGCGUCCAGUUCUGGAGUCCUCAACCAUUCAGCUAGAAAAGAAAGUGCAAAGAAGGUGAUUCCCUCUAUUGGCUCAUCUUCAUCGUACCUGUCUCCCAUUCUGUUUCCUUCGUAUAAUCCCCAAGUGAAAAUGAGUAGCCUGCUGCGAAUAUGACGUCUCUGACUGGUGUCAUUGCCUCCCAGCAAUCUGAGUGGGUGUCCUUCACUGAUGAGCUGCUGCUCCCUGUUAAUCCACGAGGUAGCGCUGAGAAGCCUCUGGAGAAAUGCUUUUCUUCCUCAGACACCUCGUCAGAGGAGAGCCACAAUGUGGAUGGAGAAUUUCAAGACCGCUCCCACACAGAGCUGGAAGGUGCAGCUGACCAACCCAAGGUGUAUUCUGGUGUGCUUGGGAACCAUGUGAGUCGCAGCACUGAUCUGUCACCAUCCAUCAGGGCUUGGGUUCAGUUUGAAGAUGCACCUUGGACCAGUGCUGCAACAACCCAGCCAAAAGCAGUGUCUCCAUCAAAAGCACCUAGUUGGACUUCCCCGUCCUCCAACUCUUCUGAGAGGCGAGCCCAUGCCUCAGAGAGCAGCUGGACAACCAACUCAGAGGACACCAGCAGCCCAAGCAUUGCUCCCUCCUACACAGAUCUGCAGUCAAUUAAUACUGAGGACUUGACCAGUGGUGGAACAUCUGCAGCAGAUUCAGCUGACAAUUCCUCGUCUGUCCAAGAAGAUGAAGAGGUAGAUAUGGAGGCUGUCAACUGGCAGCUGAACAACACCUCCAUGAAUGGGCAUUCAUCUACCCCAACCACAGUUCGCUUUCCCAGCUGGGUGACUUUUGAUGACAAUGAAGUCAGUUUUUCACCACAGAACCUUUCUCCCUUGAAAACAGACACCCCACCUGCAGAAACACAGACUCCAGAUGUUAACUUUAACCUCACUACAUCUUUUAAGAAAAGAGAACGUCCUAAAAGCACAUUGGGUGACCUCUCCAAAAUUCAAAAACUAGAUCUCUCCUCCUUAACCAAGUUGCCUUCUGCUGAAACACCACCAUGGAGUGCUACAAAUCCUUUUCUGGAUGAAUCUCUGCGAGAUGUCCAACCCUCACCUAUCAAUCCAUUCAGCUCAUUCUUUGAGGAGCGAGACAGGCGUUCUAAAAGUUCUUCUGUCUCCAGUGCUCCAGGCAAAAGCCAAAGAGAUUCUCUCGUUAUUCUCCAUCAAGAGCCUGAUACUAUCAGUUUCCAUGAGGCAAACAAAACUGUAACCCACACAGAUGCUGUAGAGCAGCUCAAGCAACUCCAGAUUGGAGACCCAGACCAUGUGAGCAGCCCUACCUUGCCUGAUGAUGACCCCAUGAUGCCAUAUGAUCUGGAUGCAGCCUUAUUUAACCUGGCACCAGCUCAGCCAAAGGAUGGAUGGCCAAUGAUGCUCCGGAUCCCAGAGAAGAAGAAUAUUAUGUCAUCAAGGCACUGGGGACCAAUAUAUGUCAAGCUGACUGACAGUGGAUAUAUACAGCUUUUUUAUGAGAAAGGACUAGAGAAACCUUUCCGGGAAUUCAAACUUGAAAUCAAUCACGAGAUUUCAGAGCGCAAGCUCCAGAACUAUGAUGAGAAUGGAAGGAUACACAGUGUGCGGUUGGACCGCACAAUCUACAAGGAGAAAAAGAAGUAUCAGCCUAAGCCAGCGAUUGCUCACAUAGCAGAGAGAGAGCAAAUUAUCAAGCUUGGGACUACGGAUUAUGGAGACUUCCUUAGCUUCAUCAGUGCUGUCCAAGACACACUGAUGAACUUGCCAGCCUCAUCAACAGAUCUGAGCACAGUGGGACUAAACUAUCAAGAAGAAGAAAUCACAAUUGAUGUCAGGGAUGAGUUUCAUGGCAUCUUGGCCAAAGGAGACAGUGUGAUUCUCCAGCACAGUGUGCUGACCCAUAUCUAUGUUCUCAGCUUCCUUUCUGGCCUGGCAGAAUGCAGACUGGGCCUUAACGAUAUCCUGAUCAAAGGGAAUGAAAUAGUUGCAAGGCAGGAUAUUAUGCCCACUACUACCACUAAGUGGAUUAAAUUAUACAGCUGUCGAUUCCAUUCAUGUGUGGAUGAGGAUGUGUUUAAUAACUCCCGUAUUAUCCUGUUCAAUCCCUUGGAUGCCUGCCGAUUUGAACUGAUGCGAUUCAGAACUGUCUUUGCUGAGAAAACUUUGCCUUUUACUCUGAGGACAGCUGCCAGCAUCAACGGUGCUGAGGUGGAGGUGCAGAGCUGGCUGAUGAUGUCCACCGGGUUCUCUUCCAACCGUGACCCUUUAACUCAGGUCCCUUGCGAGAAUGUGAUGAUCCGCUACCCAGUGCCAAACGAGUGGGUGAAGAACUUCCGCAGGGAGAGCGUCCUGGGGGAGAAAUCUUUGAAAGCCAAGGUGAACAAGGGGGCCGCUUUUGGAUCAGCCAGUCUGUCAGGUUCGGAGCCAGUAAUGAGAGUAACUUUGGGAACUGCCAAAUAUGAGCAUGCCUUUAAUUCCAUUGUAUGGAGGAUAAACCGACUGCCUGACAAAAACUCGGCUUCUGGGCAUCCUCACUCCUUCUUCUGUCACCUAGAGCUUGGCUCUGACCGGGAAGUGCCUUCCAGUUUUGUCCACUAUGUAGAUGUGGAAUAUGACAUGCCCACCACUUCUGCAUCCAAAGCCACUGUUCGAUCCAUCUCUGUUGAGGACAAGACCGAUGUGAGGAAGUGGGUCAACUAUUCAGCACACUACAGUUACAAGGUUGAAAUAGAGCAGAAAAAAAGCUUGAAUGAGGAUCUGAAGGGAGAAGAUGCUGCAAAUGUCAAAGAAUGUGCUGUGCAGUAAAGGAAGAUCAGUCUGCAAAUCCCAAGAGGGAUUUCAAACUAAUAUACCUGGAAGAAUGGACUUGCAGGGAUUUGGUAUUGGUUUUUAAGAAGUAUGGAGUACUGCUUUUAAAAUAAUGCUCUGAAGAGUAUUAUUUUGCCUUCUAACGAUCCAUACUUUGAGAAGAAGCUCACGAGUGCUUUCUUUGGAGCAGACCCAUGGGCUUUUGCUGGAAUGAUUUAAGUACAAUUGGGGUAUAGACAGAAUGACUUGUUUUACAGACAAGUUUGCCUUUUCUGCCUCUUCACCAUCUAGAUUCUGCACUAAAGUAUGGUCUAGCCACCAUCACAGCCAAACCAGAAAGCAGCCUUUAUCUCACAAUCCUGCCUUGUAUGUUAAGCCGUUUGUUUUUUUUUUUUUGUAUACCUGUUGGUUUGGUCAUUGGCAGAUUCACUUCCUUCUCAACUGCCAAAUAAAACCCAGGGAGCACUGAGUGAACAAUUGUUUAAGAUCUCAUUUUUUGAAGUGGUCAACAGAGUGAAAACCCUGAGCAUCAUUCUGGAGGAUCAACAAACUCUGCAUCCUAAACAUAGUAAAUGGUCAAGCAGAUGAACUAUAGGUAGGACAGCUAAUCAUGUAGCUGCUGUUCUGUUCACCCCUUCCUGUCUUGUCCUCUGAACAACAUGUUGUUUUGCACAUUUUCAUGGGGUCUGCACAAGUUACAAGAAAGCCUCUGCAGUUUCUCAAAUGUUUUGUUAGUCUGGGCUGUUCUGUUAUCUUGACUGAACGUGGUUAUAGCUGCUAGUAAUGGGGAAUGUGUGUUAUAAUAGAGGUGACACAGGAGGGCCACUGCUUAGAUCAUUCCUGCCUAGAAAGAUGUUUAAGGGGAAAAUAUUGGGUUUGAGGUUUGGUUGGGAUUUUUAUUUUUUCUUGGAUGCAUAGGUGGGUGGUUAUUGAGAAUGUCAGAACACAGUUACUUUAACAGCGUGCUGUUAAUGCUGUUUGCCUUUCUGAAAGUCCUUGGAAGUCUCUCCAGCAGAAUAUUACUUUCAUGUUCUAUCUUCAACCUACAAUAUAAGUAACUUGUAUCUUAAUAAAACCCCCACUAACUGGGACCCAAAAUCUCUUUUCAAAAAUUAAAAAAAACCUUCAUGGAGGAUUUUUAUCUCCACUUAGCUGAAAGUAACAGCAAGUCUUAAAACUUCUUUCUAAAUAAAAAUGCAGAGAGCAAAAAUCACUCAAUCAUAUAUGUUUUCAGAAAAAACAGUGUACAAAGUACCCGUUUUUUUAUAGUUAUUUCCAUGGCUUGCGUAAUAUUAUGUCUCAAGGUAAUUUUAAAUGUAAUAAAAGUAAUUUAUUAAAUCAUUUAUCUUUUGAAAGGUUACUGCUGACUUAAAAAUCACACAUUUGGAAAGCCUUGGCAAUGUAAUUUAAAUUCAUAAUGAAUUAAAAUGAAAGCUUUUUUAUAUUUCACUUUACAUUUCAUAUAACAUAAAAUUAUAAUACAGUCUCAAUUUACUACUUUCACUGUGACUCCUAUAAAAUUUCCUACAAUGUUAAAAUCCCAAGUAAAACAUGACAUUAAUUACAUUGUGUCUAAAACCAGUAGUAGUAGAAUUGAAAACAAAUUAUAGGGAACUUCUAAAUGCCUUUUUAUAUGCACUUAAGUUCCAGGCCUAGAUCAUCCUAGUGAUAGAUAUUUACACAUGUACACGGUUUUAAAUACAGAAUGUCUCGCUCCUUCUAGGACUUCUUAAUAAGCGUGUAAUGUUCUACUGCAGGCAGUCCUACUGAAGCCCAGAUUGCUCCUCAGAGCGCACCAGUUAGGACUGAGCAUUUGCAACCUCUCUGCAUGGAAGAAUGCUACUAAAGUUUUUGAAGCAUUUUGAGUUCACUGGGUUAAAAUUACUGAUAAAAGGCAAAGAAUUGUUAUUAAGUGAUAACUUGUAUAGGUUUUGAAAUACCCUACAGCAGGGGGCUGAAUUCAUGACUGAUUCUCAGCUCUGCCACAGGCUGGCUGUGAUCAGCUGCAUGGCAACUCCUCUACAAAAUUCACUCUUCUUUUUAAAGGCAUUCAAAGAAAUUCUGGGUGUUUUUCCUGUUUUCACUACAGCUCCUAGUGUACAGUUUCUGUAAAGGACCAGCAAGAAAUGCAACAAAACCAAGCUGAAGGAGUGCUGAGAUGUUGCUGAGCAAGUGUGAAAAUGUUUCGUGAAAGAAACACUCAGGAGAUUUCCUACUCUGAUCUGCAGGCUCACUGUCUGAAUUUUUGCUUGUUGUCCACCAGCCCUUGAAAACUCAAAUGAGUACUAGCAAAUAAGCAAAAUUAUGUACUCCUUAAAAGAGGUGAGAAAAUGAAAGGAAUAUAAUUUUCCAUCUCUGUUGAAUUUUAAGCUUUUCAGUCUCUAUCAUACUCCAGCCAUAGAAUAUUUCAUGUCCUCCAAAUUAAAGAAAGAUGAACAUACAGGAGGUUUCUGGAUUUACUUAAUUUUUUCUACCCCUUACGAUUAUUUUUCUUUUUUUUUUUCUUAAAUUCAGAGUUAAUGAAUAAAAGUAAUAGUAUGAGCCUGACUCUGAUCUCUCUUACAUAGUUACUUGUACAACAGAAGUAUCUCUUCCAAGCCUAAUGGAGUUAGGCAAGCAAAAGUGGCAGUGUUGUAAUUUAUAAAAGACUAUUUUAAUCCAUUCUGAUCUCUGGAGAAUAUCUUUCUGAUGUUUCUGCCACUGAAUUUUCAAGAUUUUAGGAUGAAUACCUCUGCCAGAGUUUCAAAAGAUCUCGUUUCCAAUUGAAGCACUAGAGUAAGCAGUUUGAUUUUUCAAAAGAGCACUAACAACCAAAAUCUUUAGAAUAUCUAGGGUUGGUAUCACAAGAUGUCACCAUUGAAAAUUUUUUUCAGUCCAGCAUAUUAACAAACACUGAGCAUUGGAACACUAGGGUUCUUAGUGCCCUUUUUGAGGUUUUCACUGUUCUUGCUUAUUAAAUAGUGCCAGUUUUUCAGUGGUAGAUACUGCCACUGUAUGACCUUUAUGCACAUCUAUAAGGAUGCAGUAGUAAUUUGGAUUUUGAUGGAAGUGAGGAGAAAAGAGCUGAGUUUUGUCAGUUUUAGAGCAGCCGAAAUUAUUUAGAUGCAAGCUACGUUUGUAAUGAGGAUUUUAUUUUUUUUAUCUUAGGGGAAAAAAGUCUUAGAAUAGUUUCAGUUUAAUAUUCCUUUUGAGAAAGAUAUAAUGACUGUCCUUUGGUUUAUUUGAAAACUUUAUAGUACUCAAACAGUUCAUGCAGGAAACGUGCCUUCAAGUAAGCAUACAUUUACUCCUGGAAGCUAUUCCCACUUUCAACCUUCUUUCUAUUUCUCAUUACAGUUUUGUUUAAUUUUAGUACUGUGGUAAGACUUGAGGUGUUGCAGAAAAUUUUGCCUAGAAAAAUAAACAGUCUUUAUCACAACGGGUAAAGGCAAACAUCAUCUCUGGGCAGCUGAUCUUAUUUUAGUGAAUGCAUUUAUUAACUAUGGAUACUCUGCUAGAAAAAGGAAAUGGGCAAAUUCCACUGAGAAACACUGACUGAUGAGUUUGGGGUUUUUUUUAUUUAGACUCACUCUAGUCAUCCUAUGAAAGAGACAGACUUUUGGUUCUUCACUGUAGCAGUCUCCUAAGAAACAUUGCAGAAAUAAUUACCUUUUCUGGUGGGUUGCUGGCUGGCAUACUUGCUUGACAGGGCACCCCAGGCCUGUUGGCCUACCUGUCCAUGUGACUUAGUAGUUGCUAAAACUUCCUCUUAAUCAGUCAUCUCCCAGGACAGAGAGCAAUUACAUGCAAAAGAGCUUGAAAGCAAGAAGAAAAGGUGUAGAAGUUCAGCCUGGAGGUACUUCUUCUGUCUUGUUUCUUGCAUGAAAUUAUCAGUAAUUUCCUUGGCUCUUGAAUACACACAAACUAAUCAAGCCCUUGAUAGUUCACCUCUUUUUCAGAGGGUAAAAAAUUCUUUUCAGUGGCUCUUAGCAGCUCGUGUCUAUAGCUGUAUUCAUCUUGCCAUUACUUACCCUCUUCUGCCACUGAUGUUAAAUCUACAUCAUGGGUUGUCUGAGAUAUAAAACCUUGUGUGGUAAAAAGCACAAGCACAGCUGUUCCUAGCCUUCCUGUUUUGCUCAGCCAGCCACCCACACAUCCAUCCUCCUAUCCAUCCUACCUUUCCUCCCUCCCUCAACACUUGCAAUUCGUUCUUUGCACUAUUGACACUGAUUGGUUUGUUGAUUGUUUUGUAACAUGUUCCUACCUUUUUAUUUUGUGAAAUAAGAAAGUCUAUACACUGGCUAACUUUGUAGAAGUGGUUUGUUUUGGGGUUUUUUUUUUCUUUUUGUUUUAUCCGUUGAAACGGGAUGUCAUGUUUUGUUUGAACUGUGGGAAAACUUAAAUAAAUGUUAAGAUAAAACAGCAUAUCCACAUUUUCACUGUGAAAUUGAAGUUUUAUGUGCUGCAUAUCCUGAUAACUACAUAUGAAUCCUCUUGAGUUCAGAGGAGGAAAAGGGAGUGUACUGAAUGGCAUCAAGAAGCACAUAAAUGGAAGUAAUAGGAUUAUAUACAGAAAAUAGGUUAUUUCGUUUGAUCAUCCAGACUAGAAGACAGACUGCAAAGGCAAUGAAGCAGGUCUAGAGCUUGAGUCUCUCUAGAGCUGAGCUUUUACUAAAAGUUGUGCGGAGCAGUGCUGACAUAAUACAGAAGAGGAUCUAACAUUUAAAUGAAGCCAUCCUGAAACAAAGUAAUUUAGAACUGAAGCUUCUUCUCAGUGGACCUCUUCUACUUCUCUGACCUCUACAGUCAGGAGUACAUGCGAGGACAGUGUCUUCCUGUGAUCAGAACAUUUGUUUGCAAAGUAAGGAUAAGAUAUACAUUAUUUACAGAGUACUCUGGUAUGAUUCUUUGUGUUCUUUCAAACUUGAAUAAGCUAUAUAUCAUUACAUAUAUCUUUCCACUUCUUAGUCACUUAGACCACUUGCAGUCUGCCGUUUUUCUCAAGAGCACUCCCUGAAUAAGACUGAAGAGUUCAGCAGACUCAUUGACCUAAGAAAACCAGAUACCCAUCAUAAGAGCUGCUCAGAUCAUUGCUCUGAGCUCAGCAUGUUCUCCAGAGUAUGCUUCAGUAAAACUGACAAGUCAAUCAUUUCACAGAGUAAGAAAAUGGAGGUACACAGGGAAUGAAGCCUGAAGAGUAAAUCAAGUCAGACUGAAGAAAGAAGGAAAGUUAAACAGAAAGAUUCUAGGACUUAAUACCAGCAGUUUAUUUACAAUAAUUCAGGUAUGCAGUGACAUUUUGGAACUUAUAGAAUCAAAUUGGGACAGCUUGAUAAUAUGCAAAAUGGUUUUAAAAGGACUUAGAGAAAAAGAUGACAGUUUGAAAACAGGCAGCUCAAAGUUUCUUGACAAUAGUGCAAGUCCUUCAAGAUAAGACAAAAUAUCACCCUACAAAAGAUUGAGAAGUCAGAGUGCCAUUGCAAUGUGUACCCAAACAAAAGACAUCAUUAGAGUGAGACAGCACAAUCUGGAGACAAAAAAAACACCAGUUUUCGUUCAGUAUUCUUUGUUACCAUGAUUGCCCUCACCACCUAGUCCAGAUAUGUUGUAAAUUCAAAAGCUGCUGAAAGUCAGCUGAGUUAAAACAAAAGAUAGAGGAGCAGCCCAUUGUUUUGGCCUGUUGACACACAGCCAGCAGCUCUGUGUCACAGAAGAUCUGUCUGAGACAUGAAGGACACCAGUCCCAGAAAAAAAAGCUUUUUGUCAUACUAUUGGAAACCUAAAAGCAACUUCCAUAUAAACAGGUGUCUUUCUCAACCCUGGAUAACAGGGCAGCAAAGCCUGAUGGAGAGGGGUGAUUAUACCACUGACUGCAGCUACACUGGGGUACCACAACAUGUGGCUGGGAUUCAGGGGUGUGGGCACAAUGGGCCUGUCCAGCUCAGAGUCUUCUGCAGUCUCCUAUUUGCUUCUGCCCCAGGGGAUGUAGAUAAACCGGGAGCAAUCAUCUUGGACCGAG